AUGAUCGUCGGUUCUCUUCCUCGAAACACCAGCCUUUUCCGUCUCCAAGGACUCAAACAACUCAACCUCUCUCUCAACAAUUUUAAUCAUUCUUCGAUUCCGUACGGGUUUAGUCAGUUGGUUAGCUUGACUCAUCUUGAUCUCUCUGAUUCUUUCUUCUCCGUUUUUAUCCCACUGGAUAUUUCCUUGGCAUCAAAACUGAUCUCAAUUGAUCUUUCUGGAAAUCAUUUGACAUUUGACAGCCACAGUUUUGGCAUGCUUACAGGCCAUCUCCCUGAGUCCAACUGGAGUAGUCCCCUCCGGUUGUUGGACCUUUCCCAUAACCAUUUCAGUGGGUCGAUUCCUGCAUCUCUCGGAAACCUCACAACAAUCGCUUCUCUAGAUUUUUCGUCUAACGAAUUCGGGGGACCAAUUCCAGACGUCUUUGGAAACCUUAUCAAGCUUACUGCUUUGGAUUUCUAUGAUUGUAAAUUUACUGCAUUAUACCUCAGCAAUAACAGUCUCACUGGUCCUAUCAAUCAGAUUCAAAAGCCUAAAUCCAUUCAACGUGUUUAUUUGGCGAAGAAUGACAUCCAUGGUGAAAUACCAACUUCUUUCAUUGGUCUUAUAAAGCUUACCCAUCUUGAUCUUUCAUCAAAUAAUUUCAGCGCUGCCGUUGAGUUCGAUGUGCUUUCAAAGAUGAAGAGUCUUACAGAACUUGAUCUUUCGAAUAACAAGUUGCUAUCAUGUAGUAGCAUUGACAGUGGCAACAACUCCACUUUUCGAGUUCUCGAGAAUCUUGUUACGCUUGAUCUUGGUUUCAACCUGCUCCAAGGUUCCCUACCGGCUCCACCACCUUCAUUGCAAGAAUUCUUGAUUUCAAAAAACAAAUUGAGUGGAGAAAUCCCUCCUUCCAUUUGUAAUUUGACAUCACUUGAUAUUCUUGAUUUGUCCAGCAACUACUUGGGAGGAAUUAUACCUGCUUGUCUUGGAAAUUUUAGUCAGGGGAUCUCAACCAUAAACCUGCAAAUGAAUAACUUUCGAAGUAGAUUCCCUGAUUUUUGUCUCAGUGUUCUUCCAGACCUGCAAGUUCUUAUCCUACGCUCUAAUAGGUUUCAUGGUGGACUACACAAUUCCAAGGCAACCUCUGGCUUUUUAAGUUUGCAAGUCAUUGAUCUCUCUCAAAAUAAGUUCACUGGUCCCUUGCCAACAACAUUCUUCCCGAGUUUAAGGGCUAUGCAAGUUGUAGAUUCUCGUCAAACGAUAAAAUGCGGUCGAGCUACUCCAGAUGUUAUGUGUAUAGCUGACUGCGAAGGUUGCGGCGCAGUCAGAUAUAAAGCAGUUAUGAAAUUAAACAUGAAAAGGUUGGAGAUGGAGCUUGAUCUGGAGAAGUCAUUAAGUAGUGAUUUCACACACUUUGAUUUUUUGAACAAUCAGUUCAAUGGACGAAUCCCUGAGGUACUUGCUGAACUUUGUUCUCUUCUGGUGCUCAACCUCUCGCACAAUAGCCUAACUGGUCCCCUGCCGUCGUUGCUCGGAAGUAUAGCAGCACUUGAAUCGUUAGAUCUCACAUCAAACAAGCUUGGUGGCAGAAUUCCUUCCGAGUUGACCAAACUAACAUUUCUGGAAGUGUUAAACUUGUCACAAAAUAAUUUUGUCGGACCCACUGUCAAAGAAAUGUGGGAAUGA